AUGAGUGAUACCAAAGAAGUACUUGAUCUCGUUCAAGAGGAAAAAACUUUAGUCGAUGUGACACCAAAACUUGAACGGUUUUGGGUGUUUUAUCCUCACAUCUUGAAACUUAACACCCUCUUAGUAGGUGCUAUUCUAGCUCAGAUUGUAUCUGGCUUUGAUGGCAGUAUGAUGAACGGUCUCCAAAGUCUUGUACCUUGGCAGCAGUUUUUCGACCAUCCUACUGGUGGUAGAUUAGGUACUAUGAGUAAUGGUGUUACUAUCGGAACACUGAUUGCUGUACCAUUUGCUAGUUUGAUGACUGAUGCUAUUGGAAGACGUUUUACUAUUAUUGUUGGCUGUAUUAUUAUAGUUAUUGGAGCUAUAUUGCAAGGAGCAGCACAAAACUUUUCCAUGUUCAUUGGUGCUAGAAUCUUACUAGGUGUCGGUGGAUGUUGGGCCUCUACUGCAGCUGGUCCUUUGCUCGCUGAAUGUGCUUACCCAACUCAACGUCCUACAGUUUCUGCAUUCUUGUUAGCGAGUUGGCCCCUUGGCUCGUUCGUCGCUGCUCUUGUUACUUGGGGUCCUUAUCGCUCGGAUCUCAAGACAAGUAACUGGAGUUGGAGAAUCCCCUCUUUGCUCCAAGGUUUUUUCCCCUUGCUUCAAAUCCUACUGGCCUUCCUUGGACCUGAGAGUCCUAGAUAUCUUAUCAGCAAAGGACGAGAGGAUGAAGCUAGAGCUUUCUUUACCAAAUAUCAUGCUGCAGGAGAUAGCGAGCACCCAGUUGUCAAGUUCCAAAUGGCUGAAAUUACUGCCGCUCUAGAGCUGGAGAAGAACGAUACCUUGUCUCUUAAGAACUAUUUGGCUUGGUUCAAGACCAAGGCAAUGCGCCACCGUCUUUUCAUUUGUAUUGUUGUCCCUGCAUUCCAACAGCUAUCUGGUAAUGCCAUUAUCUCAUACUACCUGACCCUUAUCCUCAACUCUAUCGGAAUCACUGAUUCGUUGACUCAACUAAAAAUUAACAUUGGUAUGACUACUGUAUCGCUAACAGCUGAUGUUAUCUCUGCUAUCGUCGUUAGUGCCUACAGAAGAAGAAGAUUAUUUUUAACCGGAUAUACCAGUAUGCUCUUGGUAUACAUUGUUUUUACUGUCCUCUCAGCUGAGAACCAAAGGAAGAACUUCACCGACCAUUCAUUAGCCAGUGGUGUUGUCGCGAUGAUUUUCGUUUACCAGAUCGCAUAUCAUAUUGCCGCCCCAAUUGCAAUUGCAUACAUUAUGGAAGUCUGUCCUUAUAACCAGAGAGCUACUGGUAGUAUGUUGUAUCAGUUAUCAGCUAAUGUUGUUGGCACAUUCAAUAAUUAUGUGAAUCCCAUUGCUAUGGCAGCAAUUAAUUGGCGUUAUUACAUUGUUUGGAUCUGCCAAUUGGUUUUCCAGAUUAGCAUUGUAUACUUCGUUUUCCCCGAGACUGCUGGUAAGGAUCUUGAAGAUAUUGCUGAAGUCUUCGGUGAGGUCGGUGCAAGAAGAGCCAUUGCCAACUCAGCUGGUCUUACCGAGAAGAUGGAAGCUAUUGAGCAUGUAGAGUCUGUAUAA